UUUCAAAGCUGCUUUGUAACCACUACAGUCAGUCUGGCAACGCUAGGCACUUUUGUUAUUUUUUGUGGCUCCAUAAAAUUGCUUAUCAGCAUAAAAAAAACCAAAACGCUAUCGAAAUAUUUGAAGCAGCUUCAAGGAAGCACCAGAUAUUGGUAGCCGCCAAAAGCUGUCGUCUGAAUCAUGUGCUAAGGCCCGCAGAGAAGGACACAAGAACGACCACACGCAAAGAGGGCGUCAACAAAAAAUCGUGGGGGAGGAAACCAGAACAAAAAAAAAAAAGGAAAAAAGUAUUACUCAGUCAAAAACUCCACUGCCAUGAGCAACCACAGAUAUCACCACCAGGGGGGCAACUAUAUGCAUCCUCGCAUGUCCUACCCCCAUCACUUCACCUAUGUUUCCUCCUGCGUGAAGUACAUGAUCUUCCUGCUGAACUUCCUCUUCUGGCUCUUUGGUGGCCUACUCCUGGCCGUCGGUAUUUAUGCAUUCAUGGACAAGCUGAAGGACUCAAACUACUGGAUACGAGUGGACACCGUCUACGAUGUGAUUUUCAAUAUCUCCCUGGUGAUGAUCAUCGCCGGGGUCGUCGUCUUCUUGGUCAGCUUGGCCGGCUGCUUGGGCGCCCUGCGCGAGAACACCUGGCUACUCAAGUUCUACUCUAUGUGUCUGCUCAUGUUCUUCAUCCUCGAAAUGUCGCUGGCCAUCAUCUGCUUUGUCUUCCCGCAGUACAUGAACUCGUUCCUCGAGUACCAGUUCACAGACAAGAUCAUCCACUCGUACCGCGACGACUCAGAUUUGCAGAACCUUAUCGACUUUGCCCAGCAGGAGUUCAAGUGCUGCGGACUCAGCAACGCCGGCUACCAGGACUGGAGCAAGAACGAGUACUUUAAUUGCUCCUCUCCUUCCGUGGAGAAGUGCGGAGUGCCCUACAGCUGCUGCAUCAAUGCCACCGACAUCAGCUCCGGUCUGGUGAACAUCAUGUGUGGAUACGGCGUGCAGGAGCACUCGGUGGCCGCCGCCAGCAAGCGCAUCUGGACCAGCGGCUGCAUUGAGAUCGUGCGCGUCUGGGUGGAGAGGAACUUGUAUGUGAUUGCCGGCGUUGCCCUGGGCAUCGCCCUGCUGCAGUUGUUCGUUAUAUAUUUGGCCAAGACCUUGGAGGGACAGAUCGACCUGCAGAAGUCGCGCUGGUCGUGAGUGCAAUGCCACCAUCCGUACAUGUACGGAUAUCCGCCCUGCGAAGAUGACCCGUACUACAAUUCGCGGAUGUGAGGCGGACUUUUCUGGUCCUGCCCCUGCUCAAAUAGUUUCAAACCGAAUCCCACUCCUAGAAUAAUCCAUAGCUCCCUAUAUACCAUCUCUUGUGUUUUCGAACGAUUCAAGUUCUAAUUCCCCAAAACAGUCUUGCAGUCGUAUUUAUACUCUUCUAGGCUUAAGAUACGUAUUUAUACUCACAUUUAUUCGUAAUAGAAGCUCUGUAUGUUUUUAAACGAAGCGUAAUUCUUAGUCACAAGCAAAGUCGAACAAAUCUACGUUUUACUCGUAUAUGUAUGCAAUAUUGUACAAAUCUACGUUUUACUCGUGUAUGUCUGAAAUAUUGUACCAUUUAAAAGACACUUGUAUAUAAGCUAGCAAGUUCCAUAAGAAAUAUGCAUUUAAAAUGAGAUUUAUAUUUAACGACGAAACCAAAACUGCAUGCACGUUUGUUAAACACAACAACAUACUAGACUUAUUAGCAUUUUUAAGUAUCUGCGCGCAAGUUGGUCUGCAAACCUUGUUGUAGUGCGUAUUUAAAUACAGACAUUCUAUACGUGUAA